AAGACUUUAGAAAACCAGGCAGAGAUGGACACAGACUACGCUCUUCGUGUGAUGGCUUGGUUCAACAUCUGUGCCUACUUUCCUUUGACCCUAGUGGUUAUCUGCUGUUUGUGUUAUAAGGCACGAAGGGAUCACGUUCCUGUCUACUACAUAAACCUCAUCAUCUCCAAUCUAAUCCAGCUCUACUCUAUGAGGGUUUGGGUGACAAAGGAAAAUCAUGAUGUAAUCAACAAAUUAUCUCUUGGUGUCUACGUCUUUAGUGUGAUGACCAGUCUUGGUUUCAGGAUGUGCAUUGCUCUGGAGAGGUAUUUUGUUAUCGUCUGCCCACAGUUACCCUGCAUCAGACAAAUAAAAGGUUCUGUGUGGGUGUGUGUCGCAGUCUGGGGGAUUUUUCUUCUCACAUUCCCUCUUCUUUUAUUCUUUGGUCAGGCUUUUACUGUCCUUACUUUAGUCUUCCUCCCUGCCCCCGUCUUCAUCAUCUGUCUAGCUGGGACCCUCAAAUCUGUGCUGCAGACUCCACCUGCAGCCGCCUCAGUGCCUGCUGAGGAAAAACGAAGAAUUCUAGGAAUUCUGGUCCUGCUGUUGCUUAAUUACAUUCUGACGAUUCUCCCAGCUCCCGUCAUGAUUAUAAUAGGAGCAUCACAUUAUUUUUAUUAUGAUGAAAUCAUACAGACCAUUAUUGUUAUCUUGAUUCUGCUCAGUCCUUUUCUGGACCUGAUUCUGUUUGUAUUUCUGUACAAAGGGCCCAUUGACAAGCUGCUGAUGCGUCUGUGCUGCUGCAGGAUGCAGGAUGCUGCAGCUGGAGAUGGCAGCACACCAUCAGUGUGAAUGGUGGGAACUAAAAACAGUUAACAGCUAAGAUAAAGA